GCAAGCGAAGCUUAAAAGAAGUGGCGGCGCACCGCUCCUCUCAAAGCUCGAUCUCUGCCGCUACGCCGUAGUCGUGCGAGCUUUCGCGCCGCAACUUGCUACGAAAGUUCACGCUACGAAGUGCUACGAAACUUUUUGCUACGGCUGUUGUGGUUCCUGUUUUUUAGUAAAACCCCCAUACCCCAGGAUGUGGAGCCGGGUGCGCUGCCUGGCGGCGCUGCUGGCGGUGGGCGUGGCGGCGGCCGCGGGGAAUCCGGUCCGGCGGUCCCCCGGCGACUUGGAGGCGCGCCGCCGCAGCGCUAUCGAUAGGAGCAUGAUUAGAUUCGGCCGCUCCCCGCCCGAAAUGACCGCGGCAGACAUGCGCGAGGCAUACCUGCGUGCCGCGCGCCGAGGCAACACCUUCCUACGCCUCGGCCGCUCACAACCCCUAGACCUCUCCUCCGAAGACCUCAUCACCCUACUCCGCACCUACAACGAUGACGACUACGACAACCCUAUCAACAAACGAGCCCCUAGCUUUAUUAGACUAGGACGCGCCCCGCAAUUCAUACGCCUGGGACGCUCCCCUAACGAAGAAAAGCCAGCAGGAUAUGAGCAGACGGCUCCAGCUAACUACCCUCAAAGGAAAAACCGAGCUCGCGACCAUUUUCUGAGACUUGGACGUGACAGCGAAGAGUUGAACGACACGAGUGCAGAAGAGGAGUUCUCUGAUGAGGAACGAAGGAAACGGUCCACGGACUGCCAGGGUUGCCACUGAUUCUGCCAGGGUUACCACUGAUUCUGCCAGGGUUGCCACUGAUUCUGCCGACUCGUGAGUGAUAUGUUCUGUUCCCGUGGUCUUUUUGUCUCUAUAUUCUAUCUCUUUCGUGCUUGUUGAAGUGAGAUGUUAACGAAAUACAGUUUGAUUCUUCGACUUAGGCAAUGGUGGGUUGGUUUUAACGUAAGUGUUUUAUUAUAAAUUUAAUAUAUUUUAUUACUUACUACUUACUGUACUUACCUAUAAUUGACUAUGUAAGGGGACUGUUUAAAACUAUAGUAUAGUAAUUAAAGUUGUAUUUUUUGUGAUUAUUCUCAAUAGUUGUGGAUAUGUUAGAGCCCCUUGAGUGAAAUAUGAUUCAAUUAAAAGCGAAAUGCGCUUCAUUACUAUAAAAAGUGUAAAAAUGCAUUACUUAGUAAACGUAGAAUGCUUAAAGAAUAUUAAAUGUUUCCUAAGUAAAAAAUUAUUCUGCAUCGUUUUAAAAAUACGUGUGCUAUACUUACUUAUACUUAAUCAGGAGUUGUUUUUUUAAGUAGGUACACGUUUGUGUUGGUUUAUCAUUUGAAAACAGUCAAAAUACACAUUUCAAUAAAAUUUUGCUGAUUUUAUAAAACCCAUGUUACUCCCAGCUUACAGGGUCGGCCGUGUAACAUAACUCGUUUCAGCAAAAAAAUAACAUCCCUCAUUAAUUAUAAAUUUAAUAAAAAAUAUCAUGUGAAAGUAAUUUCCUUUAUAGUCGUUAUCUAGACUUUGUUUAAAACUUAUUUUUGAAACCAGAGUUAUUUUUAGAAAAUUAAAAUGUAUACUUAAUCGUAUUAUGUGUGAAAGUUUCUGCAAAUAUAAGGCUGGGUAUAAUAUAAUUAUGUUUAGACACUUUCACACUGUAAUCGUAUAUUUCACCCUUCCAUUAGUAAAAUUGUUUGUAAUAGUAAAUGUAUAUGUACUGGAAAUGUUAAAUUAAUAUUAUAUAUAUACCUAUAGAGUUGUUGCAAUUCAUAAUAAAGGUAUUAUGGAAUAAUUUUAAAAGUUAUUGGUUUAAAAUGAUCUUUGGUUGGAAAUAAAUUGAAGUUUUAACUAUU